AUGACACAGAGUAACGGACCGAUCAAGGUCGACAGUAAAGCGGUUUCGCAGCAGUUGCUGGACCAAUACGACACCUUUUUGUUUGAUUGUGACGGUGUUUUAUGGUUGGGAACCCACUUAUUGCCUCACAUUAAAGAGACUUUGAAUUUGCUUUUGACCCAGGGAAAGAAACUAUACUUUGUUACCAACAACUCGACCAAGUCUAGGGCUGCUUACGCCAAAAAAUUCGCGUCGUUCGGUAUCGAUGUCACCGAAGAUCAGAUCUUUACUUCCGGAUAUGCCUCGGCCUUGUACGUGAGAGACACGUUGAAACUAGUGCCCGGAACAGAUAAAAUUUGGGUUUUCGGCGAAGAGGGGAUUGUUGACGAGCUGAAACUUAUGGGCUACGAAUCCUUAGGUUGCAAUGACCCUCGGUUGAAUGAGCCCUUUGAUAUCGCCACAUCGCCCUUUAUUGCCCAAGGUCUUGACCCAGCGGUUAAAGCAGUGAUCGCAGGUCUGGACACCAAAGUCAACUAUCACCGUCUUGCAAUCACGCUACAGUACCUGCAGCAGCCAGACGUGAAAUUUGUGGCCACUAACAUCGAUUCCACCUAUCCCAACAAAGGCCAUAUCCUGCCAGGAGCAGGGUCGAUGAUCAACUGUGUUGCUUUCGCCGCCGGCAGAGAGCCCGCAGCAUGCGGGAAACCCAAUCCAAACAUGCUGAACGCAAUUGUGACCGCCAAACAGCUCAAUAGGUCCACAUGCUGUAUGGUGGGCGACAGGUUGAACACCGACAUCCGGUUCGGCGUUGAGGGCAAACUCGGAGGCACUCUUCUGGUUUUGACAGGCAUCGAAACCGAAGAAAAUGCUCUGGAUGUUUCAAGUGACCAUCCUUUACCCAAGUAUUACGCCGACAAGCUCGGAGACUUAUAUGAACUGUUAAAUUAA